UUGGCGAUUUUAAAGAGCGGACGAGCUCCUUCUCCAGUAAUCAAUUAACAAUUCAUUAUUCAUGGAACACGAAGAAGAAGAAAUUCUCUCAGCUUCCGAUACAAACGAUUCAAGCGAUGAAUUCACUGUUGAUGGUGAUGACGAAGAUUAUAAUGGUAAUAAUAAUGAUGACGAUGAAGAAGAAGAAGAAGCAUGCGUGGCAGAAUCUCCGCCGUCUGAUGAAGAUAGGAAGUCGAAGAAUGUCGACGCUCUCGUCAGAGGCAACCUGGUUGUGAAACGACAAUCACUGCUUCCAAGAGUUCUUUCGGUUACGGAAGGGGCGGCCGUUUGUAGGAAACCUUUUAAACCUCCAUGUUCAGAUGGCUACAAUAACGGGAACGAACAUCUUGCUCGUCGUCUUUGGGCACGCAAACGGUUUGUUCCCUGGGGCUCUGAGAGGCCAGUGUUGGUUGCUAUAACCAGUAGAUUAGAUCUACCAAGGACGGUUGAGAAGGAUGUAGUGGAGGAAAAUGUGACGUUACCACCUGGGGUUGAGCCUUUGGUGCUGUGGCAACAAGAGGAAGCUGAGAAUGGUCGCGAUAAUUUGGUUACAAUAUCAGUGGAUCCGUUGCUGGUUCAGUUUCUUCGACCCCAUCAAAGAGAAGGGGUUCAGUUCAUGUUUGAAUGUGUUUCAGGGUUAUGCAGUGCUGCCAAUAUAUAUGGAUGUAUUCUUGCUGAUGAUAUGGGGUUGGGAAAGACAUUGCAGUCAAUCACAUUACUUUAUACUCUCUUACGUCAAGGGUUUGAUGGAGAGCCAAUGGUUAAAAAGGCCAUCAUUGUCACACCAACCAGUCUUGUAAGUAAUUGGGAGGCUGAGAUCAAGAAGUGGGUUGGAGACAGAGUUCAAUUCUUAGCUCUCUGUGAAAGCACCAGAGAUGAUGUUGUCUUUGGAAUAGACAGUUUCACAAGUCCUUGCAGUCCUUUGCAGGUACUUAUUGUUUCAUAUGAAACAUUUCGGAUGCAUUCUUCAAAAUUUAGCCGAAGUGAGUCUUGUGACCUUCUUAUUUGUGAUGAGGCUCACAGGCUGAAAAAUGAUCAGACAUUAACAAAUCGGGCAUUAGCUGCUCUCUCAUGCCAGCGGCGAAUAUUGUUGUCUGGAACACCAAUGCAGAAUGACCUAGAAGAGUUCUUUGCCAUGGUUAACUUUACUAAUCCUGGAAUCUUGGGUGACGCUGCAUAUUUUCGACGUUAUUAUGAGACACCAGUUGUUUGUGGAAGAGAACCUACUGCUUCUGAAGAAGAGAAGAAGCUAGGUAUUGAGCGCUCUGCAGAACUUAGUGCAAAAGUGAAUCAGUUUAUUUUGAGAAGGACUAAUGCAUUGCUAUCAAAUCACUUGCCACCAAAGAUAGUUGAAGUUGUUUGCUGCAAGUUGACUCCUCUCCAGUCAGAGCUAUAUAACCACUUUAUACAUUCCAAAAAUGUUAAACGGGCAAUUUCUGAAGAAACUAAGCAAUCGAAGAUUUUGGCUUAUAUCACUGCUCUUAAGAAGCUCUGUAAUCAUCCUAAGCUUAUCUAUGAUACUAUAAAAAGUGGAAAUCCAGGAACUACAGGGUUUGAGGACUGUAUACGCUUUUUCCCUCCGGAGAUGUUCUCUGGAAGAUCUGGAUCAUGGUCUGGAGGUGAUGGUGCUUGGGUUGAACUUUCUGGAAAAAUGCAUGUCUUGGCGCGGUUGCUGUCCCAUCUACGUCAUAGGACCGAUGACCGAAUAGUUCUGGUCUCAAAUUACACUCAGACUCUAGACCUUUUUGCUCAAUUGUGUCGUGAAAGAAGGUACCCUUACUUGAGGCUCGAUGGAACCACAUCUAUCAGCAAAAGACAGAAGUUAGUUAACCAAUUUAAUGAUCCAUCAAAGGAUCAAUUUGUAUUUCUCUUAAGCAGCAAGGCUGGUGGUUGUGGUCUCAAUUUAAUUGGUGGUAACCGACUUGUUUUGUUUGAUCCUGAUUGGAAUCCUGCCAAUGAUAAACAAGCUGCUGCAAGAGUUUGGAGGGAUGGGCAGAAGAAGAGAGUAUACAUAUACAGAUUUCUUAGUACUGGAACCAUUGAAGAAAAGGUUUACCAGCGUCAAAUGUCCAAAGAAGGGCUUCAGAAAGUUAUUCAGCAAGAGCAAACAGAGAGCCAUUCAGCACAGGGUAACUUUCUUUCAAUGGAAGAUUUACGUGACCUGUUUACGUUUCACGAGAAUGUUAGGUCUGAAAUUCAUGAGAACAUGAACUGCAUUCGUUGCCAAAAUUAUGAAGAUGGACCUGAGAGCAUAGGAGAGGGAGAUGAAAACGAAGCAGGACAUGGAAAAUUUCAGUCUGAUGAAGACAUUCCUGAUAUUGGUGGUUUUGCUGGAAUUGCUGGAUGCUUGCACAAGUUAAAGAGCUCAGAGAAACAGGUAGGAACUCCACUUGAAGAAGAUUUAAAUAGUUGGGGGCAUCAUUUUCAGUCAAUGUCUGUGCCUGAUGCUAUACUUCAAGCUUCAGCUGGUCACAUUUGUUUUCACAAACCAAGUAGAUGGGAAGCUUGUGCCAAUUGAAUCAAACGUAAGCCCGAAGAUGGAGCGAACAGAAGGAGACAAGAACCAGAGUAAUCUCAAGCAAAACCUAGACCGAAAAUCCAAUCUAUUGUCUCAACAUCAUAGGCUACUACAAUCUAUUUCUUCAAACAAAAA